AUGGCGACAACUCCCGAGGUUGAUGAACUUGACCUUGACGGGCAGAUUCAGUCUCCUCAAGAUUCAGCCAUUGGCGACCUUAGAUUGUCUUCCAGUACGAUUUCGGUGCGCCCUGAAGCCCUUGGAUGCUCGGAGUUACAUGGCCGUUUAUAUGGACGUGGCAUCCCGUUCCCUAUCGACGAUAGGGCGCGCGACGACUACGAUUUACAAAAUCACCUCUUUCAAGAAGUCCUUGAGAAGCUUUACCAUGCACCCGUCAACUUAAAUGGCGGCAACGUUCAUGAAAUGUACACUCGGACAGGUAUAUGGGCUAUCAACGUCGGGGACGAAGACGCGUCAUGUUCGGUGAUUGGUACCGACGAGAGUGUAAUGCAGACAGAAUGGGUCUCUCCAAACGUCGAAUUCCAGAUAUGCGACGUCGAGGACGACGGUUAUUGGACAUGGAGGACGCCGUUCCGGUUUAUCUUUUACCGUGGAUUUGGGGGGGUUGUGAAAGACUUGCCUGCUUUGAUCCGUCGAUGCCACGAGCAUCUCGAACCCGGAGGCUGGCUGGAAUUCCAACUACUGGCGCUGAGACACGAUUCUCAACAACCUUCUCCGCAGCGCUUUACCUUCAUUCAGGAGCUGCACCGACACUUAUCCGAGGGGCUUUCCAAGCUAGGGCGAAAGCUAGAUAUACAUGACGACCUUCUCCAAAUCCUUCAAGAGAAUAAUUUCCGAAAUAUGGAGCACAUACAAGAGACCGUGCCUCUUGGACCAUGGCCAAGGGACCCAAAAUUAAACGAGAUAGGUGAAACAUGGAUGGAAGCAUUCAGUCGACAACUACAGGCAUUAUCCCUCCAAGCUUUCAUAAAGGGAUUGGAAUGGAACUAUGGAGAGUAUGAAGGCUUUCUCGUACGCGUGCGAAAUGAACUCGAGCAAUGGAAGAGGUUGCAGAUGCGGACCACCCUUCAUGUAAUCUACGCCCAGAAGACAUCUGAUUAG